UCUAUUCAGGUCGACUGAAUAUCAAUCGAGGAGAUCAUUCCAAUCGGCGAUGGAUCUCUUCUGCAUUUGCGGGCUUUACCUUGCCAUCCUCUAUGUGUCCCUCUCUCUUGUCUACCUCGUCCGCAAACAUAAAUCGAGAGAUGGCACCGACAUUAAUCUCCCACCCGGCAGGAUGGGAUGGCCAGUCAUUGGGGAGACCCUGGACUUUCUGAUGGCUGCUAGCAGGGGCACCCCCUGGAAGUUCAUCAGAGACAGGACCCUUUGGUACUCCACCGAUGUCUUCCGAACCUCCCUACUGGGCGAGAACAUUGCCGUGUUCUGCGGUGCUUCCGGCAACAAGUUCCUCUUCUCUAGCGAGAACAAGUACGUCACCUCGUGGUGGCCCUCAUCGAUGAAGAAGAUUACUCACUUCCCCGAGAAUGCCGAGAACUCCUCCAAAGAAAGAUCUUCAUCGUCAACCAAGACGCGGAGCAUCAUUCUCGACUUCCUCAAGCCCGAAGCGCUCCAGCAUUGCAUACCCAUCAUGGAUUCCAUGGCAAGGGAGCACCUGGAAGCUGAUUGGGCCCCUUACGAUAAAGUCAGGGCCUUCCCCCUGUUGAAGAAGUACACCUUUGCCUUGGCCAGUCGUCUCUUCAUGAACAUCCAGGAUCCAGAACAGGCUUCCAGGCUUGCGGACCCCUUUGCUCUGGUCAGUGCUGGCCUCGUGUCGGUGCCCAUAAACUUUCCAGGGACAGCAUUCAACAAGGCGAUCCAAGGAGGGAAGAGCAUACGUGGGGAGCUGCUCUCCAUUGUAAAGAAGAGGAGAAAGGAGGUUAUGGAGGGCAAGGACACAGCGGCAAGGGACUUGCUCUCCCGGAUGCUGCUCUCGGAAGACGAGAAUGGCAAGCCAGUCAUGAAGGAAACCGAGAUUGUUAAUGUCAUCAUAGGUAAAUUGAUCGCAGGCCAUGACUCGACCAGCACAGCGAUUACUUUUGUGGUGAAAUAUCUUGCCGAGUAUCCUGACAUCUACGAAAAGGUCUUGAAAGAGCAGAUGGAAAUCGCGAGGAGGAAAGGGCCGGAUGAGUUACUCAACUGGGAAGACAUAAAAAAGAUGAGGUAUUCCUGGAUGGUUGCUUGUGAGGCCAUGAGGCUGUGCCCCUCUGGUCAAGGUGCCUUCCGACAGGCAAUAACGGACUUCACUUACAAUGGCUUUACCAUUCCUAAGGGCUGGAAGACUUACUGGACAGUGCACUCCACGCACAAGGACCCCAGAUACUUCCCUAAUCCGGAGAAAUUUGAUCCUUCAAGAUUCGAUGGGAGUGGACCUGCUCCGUUCACUUUUGUACCCUUUGGAGGAGGACCUCGAAUGUGCCCAGGGAAGGAAUUUGCCAGGGUACAGAUACUUGUGUUCAUGCACAAUGUGGUGACCAAGUUCAGAUUGAAGAAAGUCAUCCCUGAUGAGAAAAUCAUCUACAGCCCUAAUCCGGUCCCUGCCAGCGGUCUUCCUAUUCGCAUUGAGCCCAGUAUUUAAGCCGAGGCUGGACAGCUUAUAACGACCAAUCGUUUGAUAUUCCAUGCAGCCAUGUACCUGAUAACUGUACACUCAAAGUAAUUCUCCCAAGCUGUUAUCUCUUUUAUUUUUCCAUAUGAUGCAGUAAGAAAACGUGUUAUCGAGCAAGUUCAGAACCAUUUUUAAUCCG